AUGAAAUUGGCCACAGAGCUUCGAGGCGAUCGGACCUGGUCGUCGACGAUUCGAGCAGCCCUUCGUUGGAUGCGGUCAAAUAAAACGAGCUGGUAUUUUGGUGCCCCAAGCCCUAGGUACUUUCUUGGAGCGUUAUGUGCAGAUUUUAUUUGUUUUUGUGGAGUGACACAUGCAAAACUCGCACCUGAUUACAUUCAUCCAUGUAAUGACACAAAUAGAGAGUGUUUGAUAAAGGCCACACAGGACGCAAUACCAGAAUUUGUUAAGGGAUUACCUCAUCUCGGAGUCCCACCGCUGGACCCAUUCACCAUCGAGAAGCUGUCGAUACCACUAAGUGGACUCAAGGUCACAUUUUAUCAAGGCAAAGUCAGUGGUUUCAAAAAAUGCAUCGUAGAUAACGUGAUAUCGGAGCUCGAGAAACGUCACUUUGUGUUAGAGUUUCACUGUAACUUGACCAUCAAAGGAGCUUACGACGCUGUCGGAAAAAUCUUGUUGUUCCCCAUUAACGGCGAAGGAGAUGCGAAGAUAAAAUUGACAAACCUAAAAAUGAAAGUCGAUAUAGACACAAAGUACAUAAAGGACAAGGAGGGCGUCAAUCACUUUGCUUUGAAAGGUUACAGGUAUACAUUUGAUUAUGGAGACAGAGUACAGUUUGACUUACAAAAUCUUUUCAAAGAGAGCAAAGAACUAAGUGACACAGUGCUGGCCUUUUUGAAUGAAAACUGGAAGGCCGUCAGUGAAGAGUUUGGAAAGCCAAUUGUGGACUACGCCGUGGACUUGGCAAUUAGAACGAUAGAAAAGUUCUUCCUCGCCGUUCCAUACGAAGAACUCAUCAACGUUCCUAUACCGUUA